AUGGCAUCCAAGAACUUGUAAACUAAAACUGAAUUUUAAUUUAAAUAUUAAUAUAAAGUAACACUAUUUAAUUUUUUAUUUCAGAAGCCAAUCAGAUUCAAACAAGAAGGAUGCUUCUAAUCAAAUGACUACAUUUAACCCCGUGAUAUACACCUUUCGAACUACGCAACAAACUGGGAGAGAACAAGCAUUUGCUCUUCAACAACCGUUUGCCACAUUAUUUGAUAAUCUGAUCACAGUAUUAUGGGUUGUGUAUUACAAAAAAACAUCUUUAAGAAUUGGUAAAAUUCUUUUUUGUGAUCUUUAAACACAUUCAAAUUAUGUUAUACAUUUUUCAGGCAUUAAUCAAUUGCAAUGGGCAUUACAGUUCAUGCAAUGUAUGAAAGUGGAUAAUGGUUAUCCGGAAAGUAUAGGUAAAAUUGUCAGUGACUUAGAAAAUCAACUGAUAACGUUAUAUGCCAUGGUGGGCAAAGUACUAAAGGAAAAGAAAAAAAGCGAAGUCGAAAUUGCCGAAAAAGAUGUAAAUGAAAAAAGUUCAAUAAGUAAGUACCUCUACAUGAAAAAUUUAUUUAUUUAAACUAUUUAAAUUAAUAUUUUUAUCUGGUAGAUGUAAACCCAUUUAAUAUCUCCGGAGAUAAUAAAGAUAAUCAAAUUCUGUUGUUUUUUUUUUUUUAUAACAUUACUAUUAGGGAUAAAUUCUAUAAAAUCAACAAAUUUUUACGGCUUUAUGUUUUCUACCAUAAGUUCUAUAACCAUAAGUAUAACAGAUAAAACGACAAUUGACUUUUUUUGUUGCAUUAUCAGUCUAGUUGAUGACCAAAGGGGUGGAUUUUUGAUUUAUUUUGUAGUUUAUUUAUAAAUUAAGCAAAACCGAAACAAAUGAAUCAAUGUUUGAUGUAAAUUGUAGGGUAAACAAUUAUGUGGAACAGAUCUAGUUUCUGGUCCAUACAAAUUUUUCAAUUUUUGUUGGGACCAUAAUAUUUAUAAUGCCGAUUUAAGAACGACGGUAAAGUCAGAAUUGAGCGGACUGAUUUAUUUUAAAAAUUAUAGUUUUUAGAAAGUUUUGUUGUCAUGCGAAUAUUAUAAUAUGUGCUACGUUAAAUAAAUCAACAAUGACUUUAUAUCUGUCGUAGUCUAGUGGUGUUACAUACUUGUUGUCUUCCUAGAGAACGUAAGUUUAAACCCCAAUUUUUUUUUUUGCAAAACCACGUCGGGAAGGUAAUAGGGAAAAAAAUAUAUUCAUAUGUAAAACGAUCAAUUUAUAUAACUAUUUUUUUUAUGUAUUCCUUCAUUUAUUUUUUUAUACUCAGUAGCGUUUUACUUUUUGAUUUUGUGAUUUUACAUGAUGAUGAAUUUUUAAUUUGAAACUAGUGGUACCUAUAUAAUACACAUACCAUGAUACUUCAGGCCACACAAUCAUAUAUUUAUUUAUUUAAAUGCAUUUUGUUUUAAACAAUAAAAUUGAGUGUAAUGUAGUUUUUUUUUUAAAAUAUAUAUAUAUAUAUGUAUAAGAGUUUUAAAUCAAAUUUUGAUGAAAAUCGUAAAUAUUAUAUUAUAUUAUAUCGUAACCUUUCAAAACAUGUAUAACCGAACUUGGCUCCGAAUCGUUUUCAUUAUCAAUAGUUUAUCGUUGGUUACAGGUAUAAAUUAUCUAACUUUAUGUAUCCCACCUAUAAUAGUAAUCGCACCGACCCCCAGUAUUAGAUUUUAUUUUAUUAAUAUUUUAUGUUAUAAAAUAAUAAAAAUAUUAUUAUUCGAAAUUACAUUUUAAUUUAUUUACAGGUUCUGGAGUUAAAAACGCUCUCUUGAGUGGUUAUAAGUCAUACAACGAAGAAGAUAUCAUGAAAAAAUUAGAUACAAUAGAUAUUGUGUUAGAUCCGGUCACCGGUGAACCGAAGAAUAUAAAUGAUUUACAUUCAUUGGCGAAAAGAAAAGCAAAGUCAGAUAAGUGUCCCAUUAAAAAAAAUUCAUCUAAAAGUAAUCAAAUUUAUAAAUAAACUAAUAUGUCUAAAAGAUAACUCAUUAUAACUUUAUAUACUCAAUAAUAAUAAAUUAUGUGGUAAAUUUAAUUUAGUUUAUGUGAUUGGUGCUCUGCAAAAUGUAAUGAAGAAAACAACGGAUGCAGCUACAAAAACUGAAGUUGAAAAGUAAUAGAAUAUUAUAAAAAUAAUUUAUUUAUUUACAACAAUUUUAUCCAAUUUGUAAUUUAAUUUUCAGGUUAAUCAAAGAACUAAAAUUGGAAAGUCAGCCAGCAAAAAAGACACCUUAA